AUGUCUUUGUCUCGUCGCCUUUUAAGCUCCCGCAAUGCCUCAUUCGCGCCACAGUUGGGAAUUAAAGGCCUGGUAAGUUAAUUAUUCAACACAAAAAUUUUACGAGUCGAAGCAAUAUAUAAUCAUAACGUGCGACACGGCUUACGGUUGUCGUAUCCAGUUUUAGCUUCACGAAUAAAUGCUUUAUGAAAAAUAAAUUUUUAAAUUUUAUUUUCAAAGAAUAAAGACCUACGAGUAGUAAUUUUAGAAAGCAGUCCUAAACGCCGUCUUUUCUGCCUCAGCUGGUUGUAAAUCGUUGCGGUCAGGAGCGAGAUUAGAAAAAAGCACAUCACAGCACUCAGCUUUAUGCCAGUCUUGACAUUUCAUUAUUUUUUAACCGAACUGUUUGCCUUAAUGGAAUUUUCAAGAUCUCGUUGCAUUCCUCGGAAACCACACAGCGAGUCCUUUUGACGGUCAAGGAAAUACUUUCAGAAAAGGGGUAGUUAUUUUUACUUAUAAACUAAUAAACCUUGCUUAAAGAGCUAAAAUAAUUUAUCUGGAUUCUCUAAACAAGCCCCUUUGGCAGCGACAAACUCAAUAAUCGAUGCACUUUUAUUUUUAGAGAGGACAACAAUAAUAUACAUGUAUAAGCAGUGCGGGUUUGCUCAUUACAUAUUUUGACUUUAAAAGCAAGCUAUGAAUAUUUUACUGAGGCAUCGCCUUAAUAAACUUGCUGGGGCGUGUUGUUUUCACUUCAAAAUCGUCUUUAUAACUGAAGGUCUCAAAUACGAAUUAUCUUGUCUUUCAUUGCAAGAAAUAAGUUUCCACUUCCCAGUGUUAGAAGACAGUUUUUUAUGUGCUCAGUGUGAAAGAUUGUCGGAGGUGCUUCGUACUUCAAAGUAAACAUUCAACUACUGAAUUAAGUUCGACUAUCAUUAGUCAUUCUUCUUCUCGAUCAUAUGAUUUUGACCUUUUGUUGAGCCGACUGCAAAAAUGACAUACUGUAUUUUCACAUCGAUUUUAUCUGCCAUAUUGUUUUCUAUAAUCUCCAAGUCUGUAACAUUCUAGUAUAGUAGCCUUCAAUCCUGAAUUUAAUCUCAAGCAAUAUUAUUUUCUUUAUCUCGGUUCGUCGUCAGUACACGGUUUGUUAGGCAAUUUAGCUAUAUAAAACCCAAACCAAUCUAAUGGUCUGUUUGGCUAGCUUUUAUAUAUCCGUCCUCCAUUACAUAUAAUUCACUGUUAUAUUGCUUCUUUUAAUCCCAGUUCAUUUUUAGCAGCCGUGAACCAGCCAAGACUGAUAUCAUAAACCGCCCUAGAUUAUUAUCUUUUUUAUUAGCAUUUUUAGCCAUAAACUAAACGCCAUUUUCUCCUUGACCGACCGAAAACAGGUGCUCGAAGCAUCUAGAUCAGGCUGUCAAUAUACAAGAACAAUGAUUUGCAUUUUUUAAAACAAUUCAAGAUUCGUAUACAAACUGAAAAUCAACAUACAAAGAUAUACAGUGAUAAAAUAUUUCUUUCUCGAAUAUUUGCAAUAAGGUCAAUCGAUGCCUUUAGAAAAACCGGUCAGUACAAUCACGUAUUUUUUCAGGCCCGCUAAAUAUCUUGUCCAUGGUCUUGAACGAGGGAUUUCCUUUCAAAGCUCAGCUUACAAUUUAAACAUACUAUCGCAUCAGAUAAACAGAGAUAUCGCUAAGCUUUCAGACACAACUAUUGUCAUUCAAAAAGCUCCCAAAACGCAAAAAAAGGAAGAAGGAAAAAAUAAAACAGAAGCGAUCAUAAUUGCCUUUAAAUGUUCGAACUCAGGAAGUCAAAAGCACAAGACACAUUUGAUCUGCAAACACCGGAGCCGACGCGCAAUUGAGGCAAAUUUUAGGUCAAAACAAAUUGAUAUUAAAUUUUGAGAACACAAAGAAAACGAGCUACUUUCUUCAUAGCUAUUGUUUCAAGGUCCGUAAUCAAGAUCGCCAAUUGUGUUUUAGGUAUCUUAAUGAUUUCGUGUGAGGCUCUUACGAGCGAAGCAGCUUAAAAUUGUUAAAUUUACGAGCUGAUAUAUAGAUUAUAUUAUUAACUUUGUAGAAGAAGAUAAGACUCCAUUUUUAAGUGUAUAAUUCAGAGUUGUCCCCGUCACUCAGGGAAAAACAAAUACUUUUCAAGGUCAGGGAAAAGUCAGGGAAUUUUGUUAAAAUUUAUAGGAAAAAUCUUUCAUAUUGUUAAAGUCAUUGAAAAGUCAGGGAAUUCUAUAUUCCUUGCACUCAAAAUCCCGUGAAAAGCGUAAAGAGUUUGAAAAUGAAGACAAGAAUAAUCAAAGGGUGCCUAAGGCUAACUUGUGGAUUAUAAAUUACUGUAUUUUAAAAAUGAAAGCUGAUAUAAUGAACCUGCAAUUAGUCCACCGAUAUAUUUUGAGUCUGUCAAGAAAUGAAAAUAUGGUUUUCGAAAAGAAAAAAAAAACGAAAAGGACCAAAAACAAACUGAAAAAAAAAAAUUCCAAUGGCGAGAGACGAAACCCGGACCUCCGAAGUGGAAGGUCAACGGCCAUUAUCUAUUGCGCCAGGACAACUAACAUUGAAGACUCGCGUUAAAUUAAUCAUCCACACCACUUUUGCACAUGAAAUUCUGCCGGUUGACGCUGUUUGAAGCCUGUAGUACUUUAUUUAUGAAGCCUUGAGGAUAUAUUCGAGGAAAACAAGCAUGGUUUUGACAGUUAAAGCCGUACUUUAACUCAUUUCGUAGCAGCUUGCGAUUCUCGGCGUUUACAUGAGGAGAAUCAAUUACGAUUUAGCAGCAGUAAAGAUUUCCGUUUUUAUUGAACGAAGAAACAUUCCAUUUCAGAAUGAUGUUUCACUACAAAACCAUGAGAUUGGGAGUCUUGACGUUAAAAAAUCGUGAGACUCACGUCAGAAUCGUCAGCUUGGACCAGCUUGGGAGUCGAAGAGCAAUGGCUGAUCUUUUCGUCAUGUUUUUUGCUUGGACGAGUCAAAAAGCCUCAAAAGUUCAUAAACUUCUGUGUCAAAGUUGGCCAUAGUGCUAAUUUGAAACAUUCAAACUCCACAUGAAGACCGUGGUCCUGUGACUCCUGUGAAAUGUACAAAAUCAGCACAUCGCGGAACGGGAUGGAUCUAGGACAGUUGUCGUUUUGAGAUCGGGCGCUUUCGUGCGGAACCGACUGAUUUACGAAUGGAAGGGGUCUACAUCUGAGUGAACAUUUGCAUAUCGCAGUGCCCACAAUAACUUGUUCCUUACGUUACGCGUAAUCCACAAGUUAAAAAAGCCCAAGCAAAUGUAAAUAUGGAUUGUUUGUUCGUAUUAAUCAACUAAAGUCAGGUCGGUGAAAAUUCUUUAGACUCCAAUCGGUUAAAAGUCACGGAAUUUUUUAGUUUCUGAUGAGUGGCAACCCUGAUUUUAAUAUAUUCAUAAAAGAAUUAAGAGAUAAAAGGAAAAAAGAAAGACUGGCAAACAUUCGAGGGCAAAACUCCCUCCUUUUUUUAAAAAAAGAAAAAACUCAAUCGAAAUAUAAGACUUUUUCGCCGACGGUCUUUAGACUCCGACUGAACGUGAAAGUCUACGUGAUUUUAUAAGGACAAGCAUUCGGAGAAAAAAGCCAGUUUUCUCUCGCCUGAUGUAAAAUCAAGAGACACUUUUCGGGAUCAAAGAAGCAUUUGAUCGAACAUGAGGAGUUCCGAUCCUCAGAAUAUAGGUCAAUAAGUGGCUGAUAUGCUCGAUGUAUUUUUAUAUUUUCCUUCUUUUUUCUGCUUUUCUAUUGUGAACGAAAAGUUCUAACUUGUAAGGGGCUUUUCAGUAUCACAGUUACGUCAGGAAAAAAGCUAAUUUGACUGCUGUAGGUUAAAAUUCUGAUCCUGAAAAACACUUUUUGCAUUUUCCGUUAGAUUAUAGUGCUUUCAGUUUAAAAUAGCGAAAUUCAUUUUGAGUUCCCCGUGAUCAUUUAAAGGGAAUGCGUAAUCCAACACAAUCUUCAGUGUACUGUAUUUUCUGAUCCAAAUAUUUUGUCUUAAGUGAGAUAUCAGUGCUAACGUUGAGUUAGGGGAGGUGUAGGUGGGCAGCUUUCAAGGAUAUUUUACUGCCGUAUUUUCAAUCAUCAGUUUGAAAAAUGGCAUUUGUACCAAGUACCAAGUGUUGGUUUUGAAACGUGACUUCUUUUCGUUAAUCCCCUGUGAUUGCACGAACGUGCUAACGGUUGUUAUUAUAAAUCGAUUUAUCGUCUACAUAAGUGAUGAUUUUUAUUGAUAAGCCCACGCUACUUUCCCAGCCCUUUUCUGUUAUGUCCGCUUGGGAAAUACGUAAUAAUUUCUAAAUCGUUUCCAAGCACGUUUUGAUAAUUACAAAUUUAGCGUUUUCAUCUUAGUUAUUUCAGUUCUAGUGUAAACUUGAUAGUGUUAACUUCUGUCAGCCAUUGGGGCUAUAUUUCUAUCUACACUCGUUCUCAUCCUCUGUCAAGCUCAGCUUAGCGUUUUGAGUCAAGAUAACAUUGGUGCGUGUGCAAACCAAAUUUGUACCGACUUUGUACAACUUUGUACCGAUUUCACAACUUAGGGACCUAUUGUCUUGUCAAUCGACCCCGUCGAUUCUUCUGCAUCAAGUUGUUACCUCUGUGCUAGGAACAUUGAUCUGUGGUUCAAUAAAUCUCUUCAUGUUACUUCCUUCACUUCUCGUCGAGUUCGUUUUAUAUCGCGCACCAUGUUAAGUGAUUUACCUGGACUUUUAGGUCUGGUAUUCUGUCCUUGUAUCCUUGUAAAUUACACCAAGUAAUGAGAGUCGCUGAGGAUUGUACUCGACAAGCACCGACUUUGGGAGUACACACUCAUCUUAUGACUCUAAAAUUUUUCCGCUUUCUUUGCGCGCCGACUGCAUAGGAACUUUCCAUAUUUCUUCAUUUCGUGGUUCUAUUACAGGAAAUUCAUAUGUGCAUCAUUUCAUCUUUAUCUUACCCGAACAUAUUAAGAACCAAUUUAACGCACUGCUCUGCUCCUAGUUGACAUUCUAGCUCAAAUUGUUAGGCGCGCUGUAUCGAUAUCACAGAGCGGGUCAGGGUUCGAGUCCCGUCAUGCCUGAAUUUUUUCAGGCUUUCGUUCCGCAUCUACAUAAGUUGCGUCUUCAAUUGUGAUAAUAUUCUUUGCUAAUAUUACAGAUUUUAACCUCCGAAUUUAGAUGAAGCUUGAAUAGUUUGAGUGCAUGAAGCGUUCCAUCUUGUUUAUGUACGAAAUUGAGCGAGGAGUAGAAAAAAAAAGUGGAGAACUGGGCAUACGCAAGGGAAUGUUCUUCUACCCUUUCGAACUUCUGAUAAGCCGGAUAGCGAGAGAGGUUUAUGAUGACACCAAUGUCUAGAGUGUCCAUGGAGUGAAAAGUCAUGUCUGUGUACAGAAGUCUUUAUAUAGUGGGCCCUAAUGGACACAACACUAGUCUUUCCCUGGAGUGGUUGAUCUUUUCUGUUUGCGAUGGUAACACUUCCCUACCCCAAAUGCUCAAAAUAUGCUUAAAAUAUCAACUCGUAUUUUGUUUAUUUUCAGGUCAUGUCCCUCAGUUCCAGCUCAAAUCCUCGACCAGAAACGCAUCUUCAUCCGUGCACAAUCCGACAUGAUUCCCUCUUCAAAGCAGUGUGGGACUGGCUUAUUCUGGCGCUCGUUAUAUUCACCGCGAUAGAAAUUCCCUAUUCCGUGGCAUUCUUAAUACCAUUACAAGGAAGCAAAUGGUCAAACUUCGAUAAAGCUACUCCUCUGCUAGUCUUUAACCUUCUGGUGGACGUUAUGUUUAUAGUUGACAUUUUGAUUAACUUCAGAACAACCUUUAUUAAUCCUUCAACCGACGAAGUAGUAAGCGCACCAAGACAAAUUGCACUGCAUUAUUUGAAAUCUUGGUUUGUAGUUGACUUUGUAGCCGCCAUACCGUUUGAGUAUAUGGUAUUGUCACAAGUUGAAAACAGGGUGGAUUCGGUAAGUCAUCGUUAAUUCUGCAGAAGUCGUUUUAAGGGGCCGGAAAAUGACGGCGAAGGGCUGAGAGUACCGGAACCUCUUGUUCAAGGGCCGUUUAGAGCUAAGGCGGGGUUAAAUUUUAAUCCGGUUUUUUUAUUUUGUUCAAAAGCACUUGCUCCGAUAAUUUUCGCUAUUCUAAUUAGAGCGUCCAAUCAUCAAAUUGUGGACAAGACGAAUUUAACUGAAUUUGCUUAUUAAUCUUUCAUGUAUCUCAACUCAAUUUCGCACUAACCGUGGGCAUAGUUAGUGGAGGAGACUGGUUAGGAAAGCCGGCAAACAUCAAAGUUGAAAACAACGGUGCUGUAGGUUAUGUUGGAAGCUCCCUGACCGUGCGCAAUCCUUUGUGUUUUGUUCACAAAUUGUGACUGAAUAAAUUUAACGCGAUGUUUGUAUUGGUCAUUAAGUUCAAAAUGAUAGGAAUGCUAUUGAACGUAGUACACGGUCAGGUCCAAAAAAGCUAACAAAAAAAUAUAUCAGAAGAGUCUAACGGGUUUCAUAAGCAUUCCAUUUUAAUACUGAACUAUGCCCUGGGUUAUCUUAACCCAGCUUUGAACAACCUGGUCCUGGCCUCUACCGAAAUGGCCUGGGUUCGAAUCCCUGGGUCGAAGAGGUUACCAGCCUUUAUUUGGGAAGGCAAAAAUAGCAAACUUGAGAUAGCGGCGGAAAUUGAGCCUAAGGUUGCCUUUUAUUCCUCUCUCUUGCUCUGGGCUGAGUUGCUCAAAGCAUGGUUAGCUUUAACCAUUGGUUAAGCAGUAUCAAAACCAAUACGUUGUCAAGUUAUUAAACGCUGGUUAACGCUAACCAUGCUUCGAGCAACUGGGCCGUGGAAGGUUUUCCUCCAUUACUGUAAAUGGUCUGAUAGACGCUCGCCAGGCGUCUAGUAUUAAAUUUCACGAGCCUAAGCGAGGGCGUUAAAUAGUUAGAAGGCUUUUAAAAAAGAGAGGCGUUGUUUAUUCUCAUCGCUAACAAACUCCACAAAAAUAUCACCAUUGUUUAUAAAUAGAGCAAUUGUCAUGCUGGGCGUCUAUUGCACAUGGAGCGCGGUGUAUCAGAGCGGAGCGUCUGAUACAAACUUAAAAAGCGUCGGAGGGGUGUUUAUUAGACAAGAGGAGUUUAUCUGAAAGUGGGCGUCAAUUAGAUCAUUUACGGUACUUCGGUUCAUCCUUCUCUUCGACAUCUCUAAGUUCCAAUUCGAUCUGCAAUUGUGGUAACGGAUGGGCCACUUUGCGGGUGCACGACUACAAGAGAGGAUCUUAUUACCUCUAUUUUGUCUAUUUUGACUGUUGAUGGUGUCUAGAUUGCGUUGUAUGUAAGAGGCUGUAGUUAGUGUGUUUGUCUGUUGGAACUAUAGAUCACAAGUAGUUUAAUAGUAAUGCUAUACCUUAGUUUCUUCAGGGAAGUGAGUGAGCCUCUCUCUGAUCCCACCGCUUGUCGCCAUUCCCGCCGAUGGCGUUUUUUGCACCCACCAACGUUUGUUCUCGCUUCGCUGGCUCUCCCACGCCAGGCAUGUACUUCCUGAUUUACCUCUCUGAGAAAA